AUGGCUCACCUCCUUUCCGCUUCCAAACUGGCGGCUCUCUAUGACAGCAAGACCCGCCAGCUCGUCCUCACAGCCCAGGUCCCCGCCGUCGUUCUCGGCGCCGAUUUCGUGCGUGUCGAGGCCUUCGUCGGUGGCCUCAAGUUCACCCUGCAGGGCUUCUUCGGCGGCGUCCUGCCCCCGGGGACCCAAGACUUCCAGGAUGUCACGACCAAGUUCCCCAUCAGUCUUCCGGCCCCUCACUUCAACAACAAAAGCGUCCUCAUUGACACCGCCGACGGCACCAAAACUGUCGAAAUCAAGUACACCGGAUUCGACGGCGUUGCCCCCGCUACCGGCGUGGACUUCACCGCCGGCCUCAAGAUCGAGAGCACCCCCAUCGCCGGCAGCGUCCUGACUCCCAUCAACGUCUUCCUCCCCGCCAGCCUCGAGACCACCAUCACUGCCGUUGUCCCCAAGGCCGAGGGCGACUCGAAGGUUUCUGUUGUACCCACCUUCAACGAAGAGUUCCUGAGACUCGUCAACGCCACUGUUCACAACGGCGUCAUUUCCUACACCUUCCGCUGGGCCCAGCUUCCCACCGGGCAGGGCCAGAACCCCCAGCUUAUCAACAUCACUACCACCACCUACAAUGAUCUGGUCGGUCCUGCCGCCAAAACCAGCAGUGUUGUUCAGGGCUAUAUUAUUCACUUCGUCCUGCUCAAGGAGUAA